AAUAAAAUUAAAAUCGAUUCGGCCAUCAUCAGGAGGCGAGCACUCCUUUGCGUACACCAAAAAGAAAUUGUGAAUAAAAUCCCAUUAAAUUGUAUAAUUCAAUAGCAAACUUAACUGUAAAGUGAACUUUAGUAAGCAAUCAUCAAACCAUAAUCAAUAUUGCACAAUGAGCCGCUGGGAUCAACGAACUGAAGGUACUGUAAAAUUUGGUGUUUGCGAAAGAGGAAAACUUCUUUCCACAUUUUUCUUUGUUCCUUCCCGGUUGCGGAAGGAAAUUUUCUGUGUUUUGGCCAGGUUAAAUGCGCAAAACUUGUCUUUGCCCUCCUACUCCUCCUCCUGCUUCCCCUCGUCCACAAACUUGCUACAAACAGGACCGCCGCGACCCCGCCGUGAACCUGCUCCGGUGGUUCGUGAGAGAAGCAGGUCCCGGUCACGGUCGCUCUCACCGGUGGAGCGACGGCUGCGCCAGCUAGACGAGGAACGCCAACGGAAGGAGGCCCAGCUGAGGAAGGCCGCUGAGUCGCAGCGGAAGUCCGACCACCGGAGAAGCUUGUCCAGUUCCGGCAGCAGCAGCAGCGAUGGCUCAGAUAACGAAGGACCGGUCGCUCCGCCGGCCCCUCCAGUCAUAUCCAAAGUUGGUUUCAGCUUCCAGAAACCCCCCUCGACCAAACCCACCUCCACCGGCUUCAAACUGCAGCAGCAGCAGAAACCAUCCGCCGUUCAGCUAAAGCUGGCGUCCGGUACAAAAAAGGAACAGCCGAAGCUGCUGAAGCCAACCGCCAAUGCAUUCGCCGACGACAGCGAUGACGAACCGGAAGAGAUGCCCGCCGAGUGCCGGAUGAGGAUGCGGAACAUUGGCCGCGAAACGCCCACCAGCUCUGGGCCGAACUCGUUCGGAAAGACCAAGCACGGCUUCUGCGACUCCAAGAAAAUGCUGGAAAAGAAGCUCAACUCGCUGCACGACAGCUAGACUGGUGGCCCCGCAAUUCGCGCGUUCCGGGUUCGUUUUCUUGAGAUUCUCACCCACUUUACAAUUUGCACUGAGGACACACAGGUAACGUGUUCGUUCGUUCUACUUUCACUUUAAAAUUGUAGAAAGAUAAAAAAAAAAGUAGAGAUUUUGAAGAUUAGGGUGUGUGUUCGCUGGGCAAGCGAACGGGAAUCGUCGCGCCCGGCUUCUUUUGCUCUUCUAUUUUUAAUUCUGUAUUCAAGCAAAUCAUCAAUCUUAAGCUGUACUUGAAUGCUUUAAGUAUAGACCAAUUUCAAUAAAGUUGAUAUUCUAACUUAA